AUGGCGAUGAUCGAAGCCUUCUGUUUAAUUUCCGCGAUAUUACUGUUGCUUUACUAUUAUUCCGCGUCGAAAUUGAGCUACUGGCGGAGAUUAGGCGUUAAGGGUCCGAAGCCGCUCCUGUUCGUCGGCAAUUACAAGGACGUGUUCUUAGGCAGAAUUAAGACGACCGACUGCAUCACGAAAGCGUAUCAUGAUUUCAAGGAUGAACAGAUGGUUGGAAUAUACAACGGCCAUAUACCGCACUUGAUACUCAGGGAUCUGGACUUGAUAAAAGACGUUCUCAUCAAGGAUUUCACCAAGUUCGCCGACAGAACGAUAGACGCAACACGAGAGGUCGAGCCCUUAUCGGAGGAAAUGUUCAGAUUGGAACCGGAGAGGUGGAGGCCUCUGAGAACCAAAUUUUCGCCGUUAUUUACCACCGGAAAGCUGAAGGAGAUGUUCGGUAAAAUGACAAAAUGCGCGGAUCAGCUGGACGCGUUCCUAGAAAAAGAAUCCUCGAGGAACGAAUCCCUCGAGUUUCGUCAGCUCGCGGCGAGGUACACCGCGGACACGGUCGGCAGUUGCGUGUUCGGAGUUCAGGUGAAUGCGCUUACUCAGGACUACAGCGAGUUCCACAGGAUGGGGAUAAGAGCCCUCAAAACGAGCUUCAAAAUGUACCUCAUGGAUAGAUUGCGGGAUUAUCCGCUGCUAUUUAAAACUUUCGGACCUUUCCUAGCCGACGACACCACUACCGAAUUCUUUGUAAGGAUCACCACCGAGGGUAUGAAAUACAGGAUGGAAAACCAGAAUCUCAGUCCCGAUUUUGUCGAUGUUUUAACUAAGAUAAAGCUAGAUCCGAAGGGACAUGGUCUAGCAGAGGUGGACGACAUAUUCCUCGCAGCUCAAUCUUUCGUUUUCUUCCUUGCCGGAUUCGAAAAUGGAUCGUUAACUAUUGCUCACGCUUUGUACGAGCUUGCGUUGUUCCCGGAGGUGCAAGAGAAAGCGCGGGCUAAAAUUAAAGAGGUGUUAGCGAAAACUAACGGCGAGAUUACGUACGAGGGCUUGAAAGAAAUGAAUUACAUGUACGGAGUCUUUGCAGAAACGUUGAGGAAGUAUCCAGUGAUAAUGUGGGUAUCCAGAACCGCGUUGACCGAUUACACAUUCCGGGGAACGAAAGUAACCAUUCCAAAGGGCCAACAGGUCUUUAUACCUAUUUCCACAAUUCAAAGAGAUCCGGACAUUUAUCCAAAUCCGGAUGUUUUCGAUCCUGAACGAUUCACGGACGACAAAGAGAAGACCAGACACCCAAUGACUUUCAUACCCUUUGGAGAUGGUCCCAGAAAUUGUAUUGGGUUGAGAUUCGCUAGGAACCAGAUAUUGGUAGCACUUAUCAAGAUAUUAUCAAAAUAUAAGAUCGAAGUAUGUGAGAAAACUCGGUUGAAAUAUAAAAUCGACCCGAUCCAUUUGUUCCUUUGUCAGCCUUAUGACGGAAUACACUUGAAGGUGACCAAAUUGGAGGCGUAGAAAGCGUCCCUUUCUUUUGAAGAA